GAGGCAUCGUGCACAGUGUCUGCGGUUGAAGCAGCUGGAAAUGGUCCUAUGGGGGUGGGGCAGGCAGUGAGGUUUGCAGUCUGAUGUCCUUCCCCCUGUGUUCUGACCUGGGCUGGGUCACUCCCUCCCCCUCCCAACCUGGGGCUCAAAGGCCUGGGGCUGAGAUAAGGGAUGAGAUAAGGGUGAGAUAAGCUUUCUGGCCAGACAGGAUCAGGCGUCUCAGAGUCCAAGGUUCCUCCUGCUCCUUUGUCACUCUGAGCUGCCUGCAGCUGGGGGCUGGGCUGGUGGGCGGGUGGGGCGUCCCGGGCGGCCCCUUGCUCCCCUGGGAGGCUACUGGGUUAAUGUGACUAGUUGGGAGGGCUCCCGUCUUUAUUUCUGCCUGUAGCUGAGCAAACAAAGUGGCAUAAAUAUAAUUUGUGUGGGCCAGUUCCUGACGCGUAGUAGGAGUUCAGUGCAAUUUGUUUUCUUCUUCCUGUCAUUUCAUAAAGUUUCCCUGCUGUGUCCAGGCCUUGGGAAGGCUCCGUGGGGCAGGGGUUGGCGCUGGCAGCGGGGGUGGUGGAGGCUGUCCCUACUGUCAGUGGGACAUUCCACGGGGCGUUUCGGGGGACUGGUACCCUCUUGCUGCCUGCCUGUGCUGUUUCCUUCCCGGCAGCGCCUGGUGUUCAGAGGGCAGGGCGGACGCCGCCCAGGCUGCGUUCCAGAGCUUUCCCUUUCAGAUGCUGGAAGGAGCCAGACGGGGCUGGCUAUCCGCUGGGGGCACACAGUGGGGGUCCAGGGCUGUGCUGCUUCUCUGCUCUUCUGGGAAGCCGCUGCCCCUCAGAGGUGAGGAGUCCUGGGCCCCGCUGGAGCCGGAAGCCAGGCGGGGCUGUGAGCGCAGCCCUCCUCAGGUGCAGACUCAGGGCAGGAGCGGGGCUGUGACGGCUCCUGGCUUGGACGCUCUCAAGUGCUGCCUUUGGAGAUGCUUUAGGAAGUGGCGGCCUUUCAAACUGGGAACAGAGAAAAGCAGCUCGGAGGAGAUGGAGAAUUGCUCCAGCCACCUUCUGCUCUGCCGUCUGGCCUCCCUGCUUCUCGUCCUCCAGCUGCCCACCUGGGCGUCCGCAGACGAGUUCCUGGUGAUUGGACCGUGGGAGCCCGUCGUGGCGGUGCUGGGUGGCGACGCCACGCUGCCCUGCUCGCUCUCCCCGGCCUCGAGUGCGGAGGACAUGGAGCUGCGCUGGUUCCGCGGCAGGUUCUCGGACGCGGUGUUGGUCUACCGCAACCGCCGCGAGCAGAGCGCGGAGCUGAUGGCCCAGUACGCAGGGCGGACCUCGCUGGUGACGGGCGGCCUCGCCCGCGGGGAGGCUGCGGUGCGCAUCCGCCACGUCCGCGCUUCUGACCACGGAAUGUACACCUGCUUCUUCAGAAAGGGAGCCUUCUACCAGGAUGCCACUUUGGAACUGAAGGUGGCAGGCGUGGGCUCUGCCCCCCACGUGCGCAUCGAGGGGCCAGAGGAUGGCGGGGUCCGCGUGCUGUGCACGGCCUCGGGCUGGUUCCCGAAGCCUCAGGUGCAGUGGAGGGACGUCAGCGGAGAGAGGUUCCUGGGCUUCUCCGAGGCCCACGCCCAGGACGCCGAGGAGCUGUUCAGUGUGGAGGCGGCGCUGGUGGUGAGAGACAGCUCUGUGGGGAACGUGACCUGCUCCGUCCUUAACCCCGUCCUGGGCCAGGAGAAGGCCACGGCCGUUUUCAUCCCAGAGCCCUUCUUCCCGCAGGCCUCUCCCUGGAAGCCAGCGUUCGCUGUGACCAUGGUCACGUUGGGUGUCCUGCUGUUCGGGGCUGGAUAUUUUAUUCAGAGAGAACGCGCCACAAAGUUGCAGGAGCGGCAGGAAGGGGAGAGGCUGCGCCGGGAGAAGGAGGAGGACCGGAAGGCAAGGGAGCAGGCGCGGAAGGCAGGCGAUGAACUCCAGGCAGAUCUCGAGAGGAGGAAGGACGCUUACAUGGUGGCCUGGAGGAAGGCCCAGCUGUAUGCAGAUUGGCGGACGGAACAGUUCCAGCCUGUGAGUGACUACGUGUUCUUUCUGUGGUUGCCCUCUUGCUGCCCCUUUGACUUUUGGCUGCUUCCUUAUGUUCUCUGGUGA